AAAAGAGAGAGAGAGGCGGGAAGGGAAGAAAAGAGGAGUGUGGGGAGACAAGAAGAGAUAAAAACCCAGCAACCUCUCUCAUCUCUCAUGCUUCGAACUAGAAGAACUGAAGAAGAGCCCCACAUUUCAAGCCUUUCUCACUUCUUUCUCUGUUUCUGCCUUUGUUUUUCUGCUGUUAUCUCUCUGUCGAUCUCUUUCAUGGCUGCAAACAACAGCACCAGGGCCGCCUCCGCUUCAGGGCCGGACCCAGUUUCGAGCCACACGACCUUUGUUCAAGCGGACCCAUCAACCUUCCGAGCCGUCGUUCAGAAGCUAACAGGUGCAACUGACGACCCAUCAAUGGAAAAGCUCCCUGUAACUGUUCCGGCGCGUCAGGCAACCAAAAGCUCGGUGGGCGAGAUGGGUCCCCGUAAGACGACGUUUAAGCUUCACGAGAGGAGACAGAGCAUGAGAAAACUCGAGAUCAAGCUUGGCGGCAUCGCUGCUCGACAGGUGCUCGUCUCUCCCGUUUCGCCUCUCGAUUUGUUCUCUCGGGGAAGCCCCAGGACGCCACGGUCGCCAUUGGAGGAGGAAGAGAGAGCCAUUGCAGAGAAGGGUUUCUAUUUGCACCCAUCGCCUCUUAAUACACCCAGAAUUGCUGAACCAGAGCUACUGCCAUUGUUUCCUUUGCAUUCACCAAGAGAAUCUAGUUCUUCUUGAAUUUCUACUUUCUAUCCAUUAAAAAUGAUAUAAUUACAGUAGUUUCAUAGUUUGUUUAUGGAGCUUCCAAUCCAUUUUCUGCGCCUUUCAUUUCACUGCUUUAAUUUUGUUUUUUUUUUUUUUAACUCUCCAUCGACCAUCGUCGCUCUGUGUUAACAUUCUAAUCCUCCCGACGCCGUUGGAUUCGCUGACUGUGGCGUCACUAAGAAUCUUCUGAACCAUUCAUGUGGCAAGCAUCAAUCUGCACAUCCAUCAUGUGCAGACCAGUACUUGAACCGUCUCUAUCUCAGAUGGUGUCUCAUUGAUUGACUGAUUAGACAGAUCCAACCGUUGGAGUAAAUGUCAAAAGCUUCAACGGCUGAAAUAACAGUAUAUGCUUUGGAUGGUUCA